AUGGCUUUAGGACAAGCAGCUCCAAAUCUUGCAAAUUUCGCAAAUGGUAGAGGUGCCGCUUUCAAGAUUUUCCAAACAAUUGAUCGUGAAUCAAAGAUCAAUCCAUUCUCAAAGGAAGGUAUUGAACAUGUUGCCGAAGGUGAUAUUGAAUAUAGAAAUGUAUCGUUUGCCUAUCCAUCACGUCCAGAAGUACAAAUUUUCAAUAACUUUAGUUUGGCAAUCAAGAAAGGUCAAACCGUUGCAUUGGUUGGUGAUUCCGGUGGUGGUAAAUCAUCUGUUAUUGGAUUGUUGGAACGUUUCUAUGAUCCAUUGGAUGGUGAAAUCUUGAUGGAUGGUGUCAAUAUCAAAGAUAUCAAUGUCAAAUGUCUUCGUCAAAAUAUUGGUUUAGUCUCACAAGAACCAACACUAUUUGGUGUUUCAAUUGCUGAUAAUAUCAGAUAUGGAAAUGAAAAUGCAUCGAUGGAACAAAUCAUUGAAGCAGCCAAGACAGCGAAUGCUCAUGACUUUAUCUCUGCACUUCCAGAAGGAUAUGACACUCAAGUCGGUGAGAAAGGUGUUCAAAUGUCUGGUGGACAGAAACAACGUAUUGCCAUUGCAAGAGCUAUGAUCAAAAAUCCAAAGAUUCUCUUGCUCGACGAAGCAACCAGUGCUCUUGAUACUCAAAAUGAACAUCUCGUACAACAAGCCAUCGAUAAACUCAUGGUUGGUCGUACUACUAUUGUUAUUGCUCAUCGUUUGACAACUAUUCAAGAUGCCGAUGUCAUUGCUGUUGUUCGUGGAGGUGCAAUCGUUGAACAAGGAACUCACUCAGAGUUGUUGGCAAUGAAUGGAGUCUACACUGCUCUCGUCCAACGUCAACAAUCCGGUGACGACGAAACCAAAUUGAAACUCAAAUCCAAAGGCGUUGCAACAGGAAAUAAUAAUGAGAAGACAUUAACCAACACUUCUGACUCUGCUUCCUCUUCUUCAGUUGAAGAGAGCAACGAUUCUUCAAUCGAUGGAUCACAAUCCGGUGAUACUGACAAGAAGAAGAAGAACAAGAAGAACAAGAAGAAGGGAGAGGAGUCCAGUGUUCCAAUUUCACGUAUUAUCAAGAUGAAUCAAGCCGAAUGGCCAUUCUUUUUGCUCGGUACCAUUGGUGCUUUGGCAAACGGUGCAAUCUUCCCAGUUUUCUCAAUUCUUUUCUCUGAGAUUAUGAAGGUUUUCAACUCUAAAGAUGUCUACGAUGAAGCUGUCAAGAUGUGUCUCUGGUUCUUGUUACUCGCUGUCAUUUCUGGUCUUGCCAAUAUCUUCCAAGCCGGUGCAUUCGAUUACAUCGGUGAAGUUCUCACCUAUCAUCUCCGUUACUUCUCGUUCCGUUCGAUUAUCCGUCAAGACAUUGGAUGGUUUGACUUGCCAGAGAACUCAACUGGUGUUCUCACAAACAAUUUGGCAACCGAUGCCACCUUGGUACAAGGUAUGACAAGUCAACGUCUUGGUUUGAUUAUCCAAAACAUCGUUACCAUUAUCGCUGGUCUUAUCAUUGCAUUCAUCGCCGGUUGGAAGUUGACACUUGUCAUUUUGGCCACCGUUCCUAUUAUUGCUUUCGCCGGUAAAAUGGAAAUGGAUUUCAUGGCUGGUUUCUCCAAGGACAGCAAGAAAUCAUAUGCUCGUUCCGCCCAAAUUGCAACCGAAGCGAUCGGUGGUAUUCGUACUGUCAGUUCAUUCACUGCCGAGAAGAAGGUCUAUGACAAAUUCAAGUUUGCUUUGACCGGUCCAAUUGCUAUCGCCAAGAAGAAAGCCAAUACUGCUGGUCUUGUCUAUGGUUUCACUCAGGCAACCACCUACUUAAUUUGGGCACUUGGUUACUGGUACGGAGGUAAAUUGGUCUCAGAAGGUGAAUGGAAAGCACCACAAUCCGAUCUCAACAAAUGUGUUGGUCCAGACUACAUCUAUGGUGUUAGCUACGACCGUUGUAUCUACAUUCAAACUUGCAUUCACGGAUAUGGUAUGAUGCAACGUGUAUUCUUUGCCAUUGUUAUGUCAGCUAUGGGUGUUGGAAAUGCCGCAGCUUUCGCACCAGACAUGGCCAAAGCAACAGUUGCCACCAACGCUAUCUUCAAGCUCAUCGAUAAGAUCUCAAAGAUUGAUCCAUUCAACAAAGGUGGUGAUACUCUUCCAGAUAUCAGAGGUGACAUCGAGUUUAGAAAUAUCAACUUUGCCUAUCCAUCACGUCCAAACAAACAGAUCUUCAACGACUUCUCACUCACCAUUCCAGCUGGAAAGAAAGUUGCAUUGGUCGGUGAUUCCGGUGGUGGUAAAUCAACUGUCAUUGGUUUGUUGGAACGUUUCUACGACCCAGCCCAGGGUGAAGUUCUUUUGGAUGGCGUUCCAAUUACCAAUUUGAAUUUGACAUGGAUGAGAAGCAAUUUCGGUUUGGUCGGUCAAGAACCAUUCUUGUUCUCCGGAUCAAUCAUUGAGAACAUCAGAUACGGUAAACCCGAUGCCACCAUGGAAGAAGUUGUCGCUGCAGCCAAAGCAGCCAAUGCUCAUUCAUUUAUUGAACAGCUUCCGGAUGGAUACGACACUCAACUCGGUGAUAAGUAUACACAACUCUCAGGUGGACAGAAACAACGUGUUGCCAUUGCAAGAGCAAUCAUUCGUAAUCCAAAGAUUCUCUUGUUGGACGAAGCAACCAGUGCUCUCGAUUCCAAAUCCGAGACAGUUGUACAAGAAGCACUUGAUAAUGUCAUGAAAGGAAGAACCUCAAUUGUCAUUGCUCAUCGUCUCAGCACCAUCAUCGAUGCCGAUAUCAUUGCAGUUGUCAAAGGUGGUAAAGUCGUCGAAAUUGGAAAUCAUCAACAACUCUUGGAAAUGAAUGGAUUCUAUGCCAAUUUAGUACAAAGACAACUUUAA